CGCACAGACUUUCUAUGCUGUAGCAACCCUGUUACAUUGUUGUUUAGUUGUACGUACUUUUUUGCCUGCCAAUUUUCAAAAUGGAGAAAUUAAAUCUUCCAGAGAAAUACAGUUAUAAAAUAAUUGAGAUUGAUGAGAAUAGAGCUAUUUUUUGCAUUUCUGAUCUUGUAAAUAAAGAAUCAGCUCAGGAAUGGAUUAAAGAAUAUGAACAAAGAUCGGAAACAGUUUGGCGUGUUCAGAGAACACAUAAAUCAACUGGACGCCUUAAUGUUUAUAAAGGUGACUUUAGAUGCCAGCACAAUGUGCAACAGGUAUCAAAACAUGUGAAAGAAAGUAAAAAUACUGGAUGCCCUGCAGUUCUUAAAAUUACUAUUCAAAGGUAUUUUUCACUGCCAAAACACAAAGAUCCACUCCCAGAAGUUAUAGAGUUUCCUGCAUUAUGUGAGCUUCUGUACUUGCAUAAUCAUUUGCUUGACAGUGCUGCUGUUAAAAAGUUCAGGCCAUUAUCAAACCUAACGCAAAAGCGUCUGAUAGAAUUGUUUGAAUUAGGACAUACUGCAGCUACUGCAAGACAGUUGUUGCAAAUGGAAUUAGAGCUUCAGAGUAAUGAAGAUUAUGUAGAAGCAUGCAUGGACAGUUCUAAGCUACCUUCAUUAUCUGUCGUAAAUCACUUGUUAAAUAAUGAAUUUAGGAAAAUCUAUGGAUCUCGAAGAGAAAGUGAUAUUGACAGGGAAGUUGAAAAAUAUAUUUCCUCAUACAAUCAACAGCCAUUCUGUAAAGCUGCUUUUUCAAAAGUAAAGAACAGUUUGGCGAUUGCUGUAGUGACGCCGAUAAUGAAGCGAAGUAUAGAUUUACUUAGCAAUGUUCAAGAAAUGAUAAUGCUUGAUGCAUCUAGCCACAUGGACAGACUAAAUCAUCGUGUUUAUUUUUUUAUUUCUCCAGGUGUAGCUGGUGGAAUACCUAUUGGCUGCAUUAUCACAAAUGCAGAAGUUAACUAA